GAUGGAGUCCCCAAACGGAUCCGUAACCAACAAAUGGAUCUCCUACUUUGUAGGUGUCUCGCGGCCCAGUUGACCUAUCUCGCUAGCAGCUCCGCCGCUCCUUAGGGAUCUCUUAGCCAUGCUACUAUGCCAGUAGCUUUCGAAGCCGGCUCAUUCCACGAGCGUUCCAGAAGGAUGAAGGACGUUCGUGGAAUCGACGAAGAAGGAGAUCAGGAGACGGAAAUCUCGCAAUUACCUUCUCUAGGCAGAGAAGCUCAUCGUCUCAAGCGGAACCCCCGUCGGCUUGGCCGCUUGAGUCAACCGUUGGAACGGAAUAACUAUGGGUAAUAAUAUUGAGGGUGGCUCUCUAUCGUCGACGGACUACGGAGCGCCAUGGAGGAUCAACAAAGAAUUCCCUGCAGGCAAAGCCGACUAAAGACCUUCUGGAACGCCACUAAGGAUUCCACAUUAUUAAUUCUCAAUUGCCCCAGUCCAUGAAUCUCUGCGUGGGUGAUCAAAAGUACCUUCGACGAGCUUAAGCAGGUACAGGAUGUGCUUGCAUCAGGAGGUGCGUUCUCCAUAUGGAUGCCUCUGCCCAGUUUCUGCUCUUACCUACAUGGGUGCCACCUUUCAGUGGGUGCGCUGUGUCUACUCGACUGUGUACAGACCCUCCUGUUGAUCAGUCCCAUCCCAGCAAAGACAAUUUCAUCGUGACUAGCCAAUCGUGAUGUGAAUCAGGCUUGUCUUGACCCUGACGAAAACAUGAUUGCUGGAUUAGCCGGCUGGACUUGCAGUAGUCUCAGGGUGUCUGCAUUCCCGCAUGCUAGAUCUACCCUUUUCCCUCUUUUUUGCUCCU